CUCUUUCAAAUCGCUGGUCAUGGUUAUCCCCGAGACUCCUAAAACAAUACAGGUAGGCUACUGCUGUUGCCCUUGGUUGUCUCCCAGAGGGUGAAAGUAAGUCCCUGUUGCUGAAGACACCAUUCACUUCAGGCACAGGACUCAGGAUCCCAGCUGGAUCUGGCCUGAAAGUCUCCUCCCUGAGGACUGGCUUUCAGUGUACCAGAAGGUGCUAUGUAAGCUCCUGAGGGAGGCAACCAGUAAUCCUGCCUAGCAGGGGUGCCUGUGAUCCCUAACAAUGGCCAGCUUCACAAGAUCCUCAAAUCCCCAAGGAAGCAAUAGUGACACUCUUGCCUGCACAGUAAUCAACAGCUGUGUGAUUGGACUAAGGACCACUAAACAGGAGGGAAAUCAUGCCUAAUACUAGAACUCUAAACUUCCAACUGCCUGGGAGGUCAUGGACCUGAGAAGUGAACCUUCUACCACACUAAAUGCUACCCACAUAAUGGUAAAUACUUAUCCUUAUACUCACAGAUACGUAUAGCUCCCCUCAUACACACACCCUUCUCUUUGCAAUAGAUGGUUCCAUUCAAGGAAAACGAAAAUGCUGAAAACACAAAGAAGAAUUGUCGUAGAGAGCCCAGACCUAGUGGAUUUAUCUACAACCCAAUUCCUGGACAUUAAGACUCAGGGAACACCAUGUUAAGUGGGGCAGAAAGAUUAUAAGAGCCAGAGAAGCAGGAAAGUUGCUGUGGGAUUGUGUCUCCUAGAAAUGGCAGAGUAGCUUCUGCCACUGUGAUACCUCAAUAAUAAGGUUGCCAAAACAAGACAUAAACCAGGCCAACAUCAAUAGGCAUGGUAACAUGGAAGGGGGAAAUCUCACGGGGACGUUAGUCUUCCCUAGGGAGGAGCUCUCUGUCUGGGUAAUUGGCUAUCCAAUACCAAGUGGUCAGCCCUGAAAUUAUAUACGUACGUAAUGCUAAAAUGAGUAUGAGUGUGUAAAAGUGUCUGUGUGUGUGUGUGUGCGUGCACGCACACACAUGUACGCACAUGUGUUUAAAACAAAGACAAAGAGGCCGAAGAAUGUGUAAGGGAUACACGUACAAAGUUUGGAAAGGAAAAAUGAUGUAAUUAUAUUUUAAUUUUUAACCAAAAUUGGUCACCUCUAAGAUGUUUCAGUGACAGGCUGUUUCCCAUCUCCAUUCAUCUUUUUUUAAUGAAAUGAAGAGAAGCUUUCUCUAGCUAAAGCUUAGGGUAGCUGUGUAAUGAUGGAGUACCCCCCUGCCAGGAUGUCCCCCAGUCUUCCACACGCACCCUUUAUUACCAACCUUCUUUGUAUAUCAGAGCCCUUGGAAGAAUUUAAGGAAUAUAAUACCUUGGCCUCACUCUCAGGGAUUCAAAGCUAAUGUUUCUUCAAGUUUUAAAAAUUCCUCAGGUGGAACAUACAGCCAAAGUUCAGAUCCACUGAUGCAAAUACAACCGAGAUGCUCCCACAGUCUCUAAUCCUCCAGACUUGUCCUGAUGUGCCCAGACAUGUCUAAUUCCUAAGGUAAACAGACUCUAGAACGUCUGGUUUCUUUUGUCCAUGGAGAAGUUUGUAAACUCUAUACUUUUAUGCAAAAAAUACUCCAUCCCCGUAUGAUGGCUUGUUAUAUGCCAUGGGUGUGUACAGUGCCCCACUACCACGCACACCAAAUACAAAGGCUAGAAUCAUAACCAACUGUGACAGGAGAGACCAUCUGUUCUACACCAAUCCUGAGCUGCUCUGAGCCUAGCACACCCCACAAUGCUGGGCCCAGCCACUUUGGAAUUAGAGAACGUAACAGCAACAGGAAGGUCACUGUUACCUUCUCCCCAAAGCAAGCAAUAGCAGACGGUUCUCCAGUGAAGCAUAGCCUGACUUCUCAGGUGAGAGGAACCUCUUAUCUGGAGAAGAGUCAAUGACACAGGAGCAGAGAAGCGCCUCAGCGGCCUGUGCAUACCGCAAGAUCACAGAAUCUCUGUCCAUCAUAUUUCACAAUGACUAUCCACUCUUCCAAAACUCUUCAUGAAAACACUGAAGCUUACCUGUAUCUUUGGGUCUUCAUUUCAUUAUGAAGCCUCUCAUGUCAUCUAAAACAUAUUAGCUAAAUUAAUACCUUUCUCUUAUUGUUAUGUCUCAAUUUAGGAAGUUCUCAGCCAUGAACCUUACUAUGCAUGAGGAAAGAUAUUUUUCUCACUAAUACAGUCAAGGGGGUGGGUGAUGAUGAAUAUAAGUGUUUAUAGGUUGUGGCUACCGUGCUCAUGGGCAGAGUGUUUGCCUAGAACACACAGGCCCUGGGUUCCACUCUCAGUAAUGUAAACACAAAGAAAGGGGAAUUGGUAACAUGUCCUCAGCCUAGGGGCAGUAUAUCCAACUUAGUGUGUGUCCAGUGGCCUGGAGAAGGCACAUGCAGCCCAUGGUCAGACAUGGAGAUGUUGUCAUAAAAGUAAAGAGAUGUCCUCCGCAAGCUAAGCAAGGGAACAUGGGUUAUGGAUGAGAGUGUGCGGGCAGGGAACAGGCAUCAGGAGAGAGGUACUAAUGUGUCCUAGUUUGGUUUUCUGUUGCUGAGAUAAAACACUGUCCACUGAGCUGGGGAAGAAAGGGUUCGUUACAUCUUACAGAUUAGAGUCCAUUAAUGGAGAGAUACCAGGGAAGGAGCUUGAGGCUAGAACUUGGAGGCAGGAACUAACGUAGAAACCAUGGAGGGAUGUUGCUUAUCAGUUUCCACCUCAUGGCUUGCUCUGCCUGCUUUCUUAUACAAUGCAGGACCACUUGGCUAGGGGUGGCAGCACUCACAGUGGCGCUCUACCCAUGAGCAUUAUAGCCACAGCCCACGCCAAUCAUUAACGAAGAAAAUGCUCUCACACACCCGCAUGAAGACCGUCUGGUGAAAGCAACCAAUCAACUAAGGUUCCGUCCUGCCAGAUGAUUCUAGUCGGUGUUUAGUUGUUCAAAAACUAAGUAGGACAUGGGGCUUUGACCAGAGGAGGUGGUUUCCACGGUUUUUCAUGCCAUGAAGUUGAAUCAUCCCUAAAGACUGCUUGAGUGUGAGGGAGCCAGAGCUCCAGGGGCUUAACUCAGCAAUCCUGGCUGACUCCUGGAUUCCUCCAUCUGUAGCCAAAUGCUAGUUUGGAAAAGAAGAAAGGAAAGAGGGAGAGAGAAAAAGAAAACCUGGGGAAGUGGCUUCCCCUUCUCAUCUUGGUUUUCUGUUUAAUCAUUUAGCUGGCACACCUAUUACUACUCAGGUGAAAAGAUAUGUGAACCAAAGGUUAGGACCACAAUUCUGUCUCAAAUACACACAUGUCCCCUUCGUCUGCACCCGGGAGGAGAUACGGGGAUGCUUAUAAAACUAUUUUCAUCUAGUCAGUGUUUCCUAGCAACCAGGCAAAAGCAUCUGUGUUCAGGAUGACUUUACGCAUCAGCUCAAGCCAUCCAAACCUCAAACCUGCCUGCAGGUACUGGAGAGGACGGAAGCGCUGCGUUCAGUCGCCAGCUGGUGAGACAUCGGGGUCGGGGUUUGUUAAGGGCCUGCACCUGAUACUACAUAGCAGAGGUCUGUAUCACCAUGAUAAGAUUGUGGAGAGGCUAUCUGCUUGGAAUAUGCAGAUAUCCCAUAGUUCCCAGGAUUCCUUAAACUAUGGGGACUGUGACUUUGGAGAGGCGGGGCUAUGAAAAACCUAGAGGCUGAGGCAGCUGACCACUUUCCUGUACCUCUUUUGAGUGUGUUUCCAGCUAGUGGCCUUGAUCCCUUUAUAGCUUUAUGCACAAAAGAAGAAUGACUGGGUGGCUGGGCUGUGAUGGAGAACGACUUUUGUCCCAGUACUUGAGAGAUAGAGGCAGGCGCAUCUCUGUGAGUUCAAGGCCAGCCUGAGUUCAAGGUCUACAGUGCUAGUUCCAGGACAGGAACUCUGUCAGGCAAAAAUCAUCUCUAACUGAAUGAAUGGUCUAUGCAAAUGGCUCUCUCUCAACCAGGCAAAGCUGACAAAUUGCUGUAAACGAGUUCUUGAGUUAGCCAGACCUCGCCAAGCAGUCCAUGCUUGUUUUACAGAGGAAGAAAUGCACCCCCUUCCCAAAAAAAUUCUGGAAAGUUUAUUUGCAUAAGGUGACACAGCUAAUCAGUAGCCUUUCAAGGUCUUCUGACCUCCAGUCUAGUGAUCUAGAGGUUGUAGGCAUUCAUAUUUUUAUUAUCUAAAAUAUUAUAAAUAUGAUAUAUCUUUGGAAAUUAUACCACACUGGGAUAGGGGUGCUAAGAGAAAGUUGGUACAGGCUUAUAAUUCAUAAGUUUGAAAGAUAAAGGGCCUGCCCAGAAUUGUAAGACUAAAAUUAAAGUAAAUGCUAAGACUUUUUGCUUGUUAGGCUUCAAAGCUAAUGAUAUUGCUUCGUACCAAGAUAUUGAGCCCACUUCCUGUCAAGAAAUCAAGCCUGCUUUCUAGUCAGGAACUGGAAUAGGACAAAAUCUUAUGAACAUGUGCUUUUAUAAAUUACUGAAUUAAAAGAAUUUUAACAUAUUCCAGUCAUCAUGGAGUGAUAGAAUGUAGUGAAGUUAACUAUACAUACAUACAUACAUGCCUGCAUACAUACAUACAUGCAUCCAUACACAUAGAUGUAUAUUUCUUUGGUGAUACCAGAGACCGAGAGCCAAGCAGCUUGACCAUGGUCACACAAUCAGUUGUAGAGGGGAUGCUGCAUCCCAGUUCCUGUCUUCCCUAGGUCAGGGCUUUUUUUCCUUCAGACCAUGAGACCUCCUUUCUGACUCACAGCAAGUAAGCUCUCCUGCCUCUCCUGAUCAGAGAAAUGACAGUGCCUUUGGAAUUAAUCCACCUAUGCAGUACUUCUCCACCUCUGCACACCCCAGGCCUCACAGGCUGAAGCAGAGGCUGCAGCAGGAAGAAGGAGUCUAAGCAGUCACCCUGGCGAGGAACUCACUCAAGUCAGUGUCGGCCUGCGUGCUCUCCCCCUAUUGUUAGAGACCAACUCAGGUGAACCUUCGUGAUUGUGAGCUCCAGCUGUCUGCCAAGCUAACUUUCCAUUUAUCUUCAGAGUAAGAGUUUUAAAGCACAUGCACAAUUUAAGUAGUCUGUCAACAUUUCCGUUGCAUCUAUAGUCAGUCUUCUCCAAGGAAGCAAAACCAGCAGUGUGUGUGUGUGUGUGUGUGUGUGUGUGUGUGUGUGUGUGUGUGUGUGAUGUUUAUGUGUAUCUGUGUGUGUGGUGUGUGUGUAUAUGUGUGUGUGUGUGUGAUGUUUAUGUGUAUCUGUGUGUGUGGUGUGUGUGUAUAUGUGUGUGUAUGUGUGUGUGUGUGUGUAUACAGAUGUAGUCUGUACUAAGAGCUACUAAACUACCACAAGUAGGAAUGAGACAGAGACAGAGACAGAAACAGAGACAGAGACUAUGAGUGAUUUAAAAGAAUCUGGCUCUCAUGCGUGUAGAGAGAGGUUCCCUUGGUCAUUCUGAAUUUGAUGGAGGAGAUGCACAGCCUGGAGACCCCAGCAAGAGUGGCAGUUAGAGUCUAGGCUGUCUGCUGGUAGACUUUCUUCUUGUUAGGAAAGGUCAACUCUUGUUCAUUCAAGGCUUUCCACAAGUUAGGUAGGGCUGCUCAGAUUAUGGAGGGAAAUAUACUUAUUUUAAAGUAUAGUUUAAAUUAUACUUAUUUUAAAGUAUAGUUUAAAGUUUAAUGUAUAAAUGUUUAACUCAUUUAAAUGUUUUUUCUCAUCCAGAAAACAAUUUUAUAAAAACAUCGGAAUAGCACUUUCCCAAAUAUCUAAAAUAAUAGUAAUUCAGCCAUGACGAUUCAACAAGCUAGCCAUCACAAAAUGCUCCAAAUUUUUUUAAAAUGAUACAGGCGAUGCUGAUAGAUUUUGUUUGUGGUCAUAUUUGUUGCUGAGUUCCUCCUUUUAUUAGUAACGAUUGGUGUGUGUCCAUUCCAUAGCUCCUUUGAUCCCAUAACCUCAUCUUCGAUUUCCUGUUCAAAGUCAAGGUGGGCACUAGACACAUUUGCCACUAUUGUGUGGACUGUAAAUGACCUCCCAGCUACAGGGAGUCACAGACAGUUCCAUCAUGAGCCGUUACUCUGUCGUGAACUCACUGGGAGUCACUGAGUCACUCCCACACAGGAUAAUUCGGUGUUCAGAUCAGAAGUCGGUGUGUUAGGGUGGUUCUGCCCAGGAGCCUUGUCAACUGCUCCAGGAACCAUAUGUUUUUCAAGGUAGAGUACUGUGAGGAUGCACACACACUGAGUGUGAGAAAAACUUGAAAGGGGGUGAGUGAGACAGCUCAGCAGGUCAAAAUACUUAAAGUCAGACCUCAGGACCUACCUGUGCUCCAUCCCUGGGUCCCACAUGGUGUGGUGAGAGAACCAUCUCCUGACAUUUGUCCUUUGACAGCCACACUUGUGCUGUGGCACAUUCACACCUGCACUCAUAUGCAAACACAAAAAAAUGAGGUAUUUAAUAAAUCUAUUUUUUUUUAAUUAAAACUUGAAAGGGAUAAUCUCUCUCAGAUGAGCACAAAGAUCAGGGCUAGCCUCCAGGUCACUUUCUGCUUGAAACUUGCCGGGUAAGAGGCCUGAAUUCUGGAUGGUCUUGGAUCCCUUCCACAGCCUUAAACUCCAUGACUGGUAUUUGUAACAACAGCAUCCCUAAUUCGUAUCCCCUCUGAUUUGCUGCUGUAGUUUCUAGGCUUGCAGAAAUUGCUCUUCCUAAAGGCCAUCAGCUGGACAGCUAUCGAGCUGCAGAUACCUGCUUAGCCACAGCCUUCCGGCAUGGAAAGGAGGCUUGUGAAGCAGGAGGUGAAACGGCUGCUGCCCACUAUGACUUGGCCAUCAGUGUUGCUAGUCAAUGGCUAGAUCACUCAGAAAACUUAACUUGGCUCCAGUGGGAGAAAGUGAGAGCUCCACUUCAUGACAGACCCGUGUAUCCGAACCGAAAAGAGCGAGAAGCACUGAUCUUAUCCUCCUACGCCGGAGUCUUGAUGAACAGUAUUCCAAUCGAAGAAGUCCUUAAAAUUUAUGGGGCCAAUUCUUCUGCCAGUCCUGAUUCUACCAAGGUCGCUCGGGCUCUGUUGCCCCGCCGCUCCUUGCACCCCUUUGCCAUGUUGACGGCCCCCAGAGCAGCAGAGUGCAACCGCAGACGGAGUGUCAAGUUGAGGAGAGGAGCCAUGAAUAAAGAAGCCACCAGCCUGCGGGGAAAGGAGCUCGUAUGUGCGCACACCCCCAAGAACAAAAUCACCUUCUACGAGGACCGAGGCUUCCAGGGCCGCUGCUAUGAGUGCAGCAGCGACUGCCCCAACCUGCAGACCUACUUCAGCCGCUGCAACUCCAUCCGCGUGGACAGUGGCUGCUGGAUGCUCUAUGAGCGACCCAACUACCAGGGCUACCAGUACUUCCUGCGACGCGGGGACUACCCUGACUACCAGCAGUGGAUGGGUUUCAGCGACUCCAUUCGCUCCUGCCGUUCCAUUCCCUAUACCAGCUCUCACAGGAUAAGGCUGUACGAGAGAGAUGACUACCGGGGCCUUGUGUCUGAGCUCACGGAAGACUGUUCCUGCAUCCACGACCGCUUCCGCCUCAACGAGAUCUACUCCAUGCAUGUGCUAGAAGGCAGCUGGGUCCUCUAUGAGAUGCCCAACUACCGAGGCCGCCAGUACCUGCUCAGGCCUGGAGACUACAGGCGCUACCACGACUGGGGCGCCAUGGAUGCCAAAGUCGGCUCUCUGAGACGGGUCAUGGAUUUGUACUAAGCCCCAUUUUGCUUGUUACAACACACACAUGCAAUAAAUAUACAACUUGUGUUCCUGGCA